AUGCCGGCAUCUUCCAGUUCUGGGCUCUCUGGCUCCUAUGAAGACUUGCAAUGUGGACAGGUUUCUGAAGCCCUUUUGGACUUCACCGGAGGGGUGACAGUGACCAUCAAACUGGCAGAAGCCCCUAGAAACCUCUGGGACAUCUUAACCCGAGCCAACUACGGCAGAACCCUCAUCGGCUGCCAGACUCACUCAGGGGAUGAGAGGGUGCUGGAGAACGGGCUGGUGGACGGCCAUGCCUACACUCUCAUAGGAAUCAGGAAGGUGACCUGUAAAAGUGGACCUGAAUAUCUCGUCAAGCUGCGGAACCCCUGGGGGAAGGUGGAAUGGAAAGGAGACUGGAGUGACAGCUCAAGCAAAUGGGAACUAUUGAGCCCUAAGGAGAAGAUUGUGCUGCUGAGAAAAAAUGAUGAUGGCGAAUUUUGGAUGACGCUUAUGGACUUUAAAGCGCAUUUCAAACUACUGGUCAUCUGUAAACUGACCCCAGGCUUGCUGAAUCAGGACGUGGGGCAGAAAUGGUCAUACACCAUGCAGGAGGGGAGAUGGGAGAAGGGGACCACAGCUGGUGGCCCAAGGAAGUCACUCCAAGACACAUUUUGGAAGAACCCGCAGUUCCUGCUGUCAGUCUGGAGGCCCCAGGAGGGCAGGACAUUCCUGAUGCCCUGCAGUGUGCUGGUGUCCCUGAUCCAGAAGCCCAGGCACAAGCACCGCAACUGGAAUUCUCACCUUGCCAUUGGCUUCUACCUCUUCAGGAUGAGCAAGUUCUAUGAUGACCAGAGGAGACUGCCCCGUGAGUUCUUCUUAAAAAAUGAUCCCCUGAGUUUACCCAAGGCCUUCCUCACAGAGAAGGAAGUGAGUCAGGAGCUGUGGCUGGAGCCGGGGACGUAUCUCAUCGUGCCCUGCACGUCGGAGGCCCGCCAGGUGUCAGACUUUGUCCUCAGAGUCUUCUCCAGGAAGCACAUCUUUUAUGAAAUUGGCAGCCAUUCCAGUGUUGCCUUCUCGAAGGAAAUAGAAGACCAAACUGCAGGGCAGGAUGAGUUCUUCACCAAACUCUUUGAAAAGUAUCCAGAAAUAAAUGCCGCUCAACUGCAGAAGAUCCUCAACCACAUGACCUGGUCAAGUCUGGGGCGUGCACAGCCCCUUUUCAGCCUUGACGCCUGCCAGGGGAUCCUGGCCCAAUUGGAUCUUAAUGCGUCGGGUACCGUGAGCAUCCAGGAAUUCAGGGACCUAUGGAAACAGCUGAUGCUCUACCAGGAGAUUUUCCAUAAGCAAGACAGUCACGGAUCAGGAUGCCUGAACUGGGCCCAGCUGCAGGCUGCCAUGAGGGAUGCAGGAAUCGUGCUCAGUGGUGAUGUCUGUCAGCUGAUGCUUAUCCGCUACGGUGGCCCCAACCUCCAGAUGGACUUCGUCAGCUUUGUCCACUUGAUGCUGCGUGCGGAGAAGAUGGAGAAUGUCUUCCAAAACUUAACCCAAGAUGGCAAAGGAAUAUACCUCCAGAAGCCAGAGUGGCUGAUGAUGACCCUGUACUCCUGA